CCGAAGGCACACGGUCAAUUUAGUUUAACCAGUUGAACGUUUUUUCCACAAUGUUUCCAUCCUCUGGUCUUUUUAUCCACAUAAACUGCCCUUUUUGGCGUUGCGAGAGGCCUCAUUGUUUGUACAAACAUGCCGCAGAAUCGAGGGAAACGUUUGAUGGCUUGCUUAAAUCAGCCGUGGUGGACUUAACAGGGCAAACGGGGGAUCAGUAUGAUGGCAGUUUUACAUCAGUAAGUGAGAACUCCCUGCAUGAGCUGGAACGACUCGAAAAGCAGAUCGAAACUGCGAAGCACGAAGUGGAGCAGGAGCAACGGCGGCUCUCGUGCUAUCAGACCAACCAGGCGGAAAGAAGCGCCAAUACGCUCGGAACGAAGCGCGACACCGGUGUCUCCUACGGACUUUGUUCAAGCAAAGACCACAACUCGCAUGUGCAAGCUAAGAAGUAUGUGGUGGGCAACUCGAAGCCAAGGACUGAUUUAGAGUACGACCCGCUGUCCAACUUUACCGCUGCCUUGCAGUCCUACAGCUCAUCGGCCAAGGAACGCAAAGGGAAAACCCAACAAGACGGGAGGAGCUCCGGGGGUGUUCGAUCUGGUGAAAGGCCGUCUACCCGUCAAGCCCAGAUGUACCGACCUCCAUCUCCAGAAAUCCUUGAAGACUCUAUCGAGGAAGGUGUCCUGGUUAUUGACGUUUCUUUGUCACCAGACAAAACCAGCGAUCAAACCCAAAACACUGCCGACUUAUCAGGCAAGUCCGCCCAGGAUGCACAGAGAGACGCGAAGGAGAUCAAGAAAGGGAAACAUUUUCUCGAUUCUCCACCCAAGAUGAAAACUGAGGCGGCAAAUGCUGCGUCUUCAUCCGCUUCAAAGGAUAAUGCAAGAAAAGUCCCGUCCGACCCAACGGAGAACGACCCAGUCUUGUCUAAUUUUAAGAAAACGAAAGUUAACAGAAAUGAGGAUAGGAGUGUAGCCAACUUAACUGGAUGUUUAGAAGAGCUUCGAAGACGAUGUGAGAACGCUGGUUUUAAAUCCCCUGAGAGGGUGAAAAAACCCACCGACUCGGCAGAUUUUUCCACCAUCUCAGAGCAACCGUAUCACUUGAGUAGUCCACAACCACAUCCCGCCUCUCAACUCAAACGACCUGCUCCCAAGCAAGCCUCCAUAACGGAGCAGGUAAUACCAGAGGGUGAAAAAGUGGCCGUAAAAACGAGCACCAAAGCUUUCAUGAGCCAGAGACGAGCAGAGGCAGGACAAAGCGACUGCCAAACUCAAAAUGUCACAUCUGUAAAUCCACCUGGCAGAACUGAAUCAUCUGAAACCACAAAACGGCCGCUGCUGCAAGAAGAUGAUGAAGUGAUAAUGAUCAGCUCCAGCUCUGAGAAGGAGGAUGAUGAUGAUGAUGAGGAGAAGGAGGGGGAAAAUGAGAUUAAUUACUCAGAGAUAGAGCUUUCUGAUAGUGACCCAAUGGAGGAAUGCUACAGGAUCUUCAUGGAGGCAAACGGCAAGGAAGGGGAGGAGGAGGAGGAAUGUAGCACAUCUGUCAGGACUGACCCAGACGUGCAGAAACCUGAGGUAAACCCUACAGCUCCAUCUCUAAGAGGGAAAAAGAGGGUGGCUCAUGAAGCCAAGAAUUCAGAGCAGCCCUUGACCAAGAGAAGACCUGAGCCUCAGAUUUUGGUGCCUCUGCGGGAACCUGGGGCUGUGAGAUUGAACUCCCGGGCUUCUGUCACUUCCAGGAUCCAGCAGGUGAAGCAGAGAGCCUUCAUGGUGACCGCGCCCCUUAAAGCGGGUCAGAAUGUAGUUCCUCCUGUGAGUCAGAAACAAACCCUACCUUCAGCUUCAACUCCAACUCCGAAAAACAUUCAGCCUUCUCCGGUGCAAAAUGCUUAUUUGAACUGCAUCCCUUUGGGAACGGCAGUCAUCGAAGUGGGCAACAAUGUGCACCUGGUCCUCCCCGAGGGCAGCUUCCCCAUCUCCGUCGCCUCCAGCUCCACCGCAGUCACUCCGGUGCUAACUCCAGUGACUCAGGUUCAUCCCAACGCUGCAGCCGCCGCCCCAUCAAGAUACCGCCCAACGGCGCCUUUGCUCAUUCCAGCUCCACCACGACGUCCCGCGCUCGGCUCUGCUUUGGCAUCGACAUCUUCGCAGUCAGCAGUCGGGCCUUCCACAACGUCUCAGCCCGCUGCUCAGGCAGCCGUUAAGCCGCUGCCUGUCAGACGUAAGCUGAAGCAGCAAAGUGAAGCAGGAAGGGACAAAGUGCCCCACGAUGUCCGUCAGCGUUACCUGAACAUGUUCACACAGGAGUUUCUUAAAACGACGGCUGAUGUUAAUGAAGCUUUUGAGAAGGCCCUUGCGGAAGAGAAGAACGUUUACAAUCGCAGUACGAACAAACUAAAAUAUCUGAGUGUUUCAGUGAACGUCCUCAAAAGACUGAAGAGCCAAAGUGCUACAGCGAAAAGUGAAAAACGGGUCCAAAGGCCAAAAGGCAACAUCCCAUUUCAGCAAAGAAAGAUCAAAGAAAAUGCAGGUGACACGGUGUUGUAUGAAAUUUUCAAGGGUUAUACUUUGACUGACGAACAAAUGAUAGAAAACAACUAUCCUGUGCAGCACCCAGAAAAACCUGGUUCUGCUGUUCUGUUCUCUGAGAAGAAAGCGAGCACAGACCCUCUUAAAAGGAUCUGCUGUCGGUGUGGGGCAACGUACUCUGUGGAUCAAACAGGCAAACACCUCAGAAAAGAGGAGUGCAACUACCACUAUGGGAAAGGCGUUACGAAAAAAGUUCCAGGUGGGGUGGAAACUCGCUACAGCUGCUGUCAGGGAGUCAUGGGAGCUCCCGGAUGUCAGAUGUUUAAGUUGCAUGUGCACGAUUUUCUCAGCCUGGAUGGGUUUGUAUCUACGUCACCCAGACGUCCUUCAGACGUGAGCUGUCCUGGAGUUUAUUCCUUGGAUUGUGAGAUGUGCUACACUGUUCAAGGCCUGGAGCUCUCCAGAGUGACGGUGAUCAACUCUGAUCUUCAGGUCGUCUACGACACAUUUGUCAGACCUGAUAACGAGGUCAUCGACUAUAACACCAGGUUUUCAGGCAUCAGUGAGGACGAUGUGAAAGGUAACCACACCUCCCUCUGGGAGGUCCAGGACACUUUGUUGAGCUUCAUCAGUGCCGACACUAUUCUGGUUGGACACGGCCUGGAAACAGACCUUUGUUUACUUAAGCUGCUUCAUGGGGUGGUGGUAGACACGUCAGUGGUCUUCCCCCAUCGUCUAGGUCCACCUAACAAGCUGAGCCUCAACAGCCUCACAGCUGAAUACCUCAGGAGGAUUAUUCAAGAGAGUGUUUGUGGCCACGACACUGCAGAAGAUGCAGCCGCCUGCUUGGAGCUUAUGCUGUGGAAGAUGAAAGAAGAUGGGAAGCUGAAGAAAUGAGGAGCUGACAUACUAAUUAUAAAUGAAACAUAUGUAUGUUGAUUAAAGACAUGAAGGGCUGUUUAUUUUAAUUUAAUUUAGUUUUUUUUUUUUUUUUUUUUUUUGAUGGACGUUUUAGUUGAGCCCAUUUACCAUGUCGAUAUUAAUAUUUAUGAGGCUCAAGGAUAGAGCUGUUAUAAAUAUUUCCAAAAUAAAAGCAUGAAAU